GAGCCUCCUCCUAUUCUCCUGGAUUUUACGGAGGAACAGGUAUCAUCACCUGUUGAAAGAGGUGGUUUGGAUCAUGUCGGAAGUGCAGCAGAGUGCACAAUGCCUGACAAAGAUAAAGAAGGGGCGGUGGGAGCCGGAGGAAGACGCCAUCCUCCUCGAGUUUGUACGAAGCAAUGGGGCGAAAGAAUGGAACCGAGUUGGAGAGAAGACUGGUCAUGUGUUACAUAGGGAUGGAAAGAGCUGUCGACUGCGAUGGUUCAACUAUCUUAAGCCAGGACUGAAGAAAGAGCCCCUCACCGAGCAAGAGAUGGAAGUUAUCAUUGAGCAGCACUCGCGUGUCGGAAACAAAUGGUCCGUGAUCGCCACGAAACUGGAGGGGCGAACGGAUAACGAGGUGAAAAAUUGGUGGUACAGCAAUCGAAAGAAGUGGAAGAGGAGAGGCGGUUCAGCAAAUGGUGGUAUCUGCGGCAACAACACGGAGAGUUGCAGCCGACCACAGAGUCUGACGAGUGGCGGAUCGACUGGGACAGCAAACGGAUCAGGAACGGUGCUGACGGCUCUCCCACCAGAUGGAUUUAACGGAGGAGGAGGACAGAAUUCUAGCACAACCUUUUCUACCAGCACCGGGAGCAACGCCGUGCUGUGCAGUGAUGACGUGAGCGCCAACGAGAGUGCUGCAAGCGAUCAAGCUGCUGCAGCUGCAGUGCUUCCCACUCUCCAUGACUUUCAAACGGAUUAUCUGAUGUCGUCUGGAGCCGCUCCUCCAGGAUUCUCCAUGCCUCUUGGCCCUAUAGCCAACAACAGUUGUGCCUCUUUCCCAUCCAGUAACUGCCAUCUGGUUCCUAUCCAGCUUGCACAGGGGGCUUUGACGGAUCCACAAUGCCUAGUGAAACCGGCAGGAGGUGGGAGUCUAUGCGCAGCAUCCCGAAUAGGAACAACGAUGGCAGGUGGUGGUCUAUGCUCCGGUUCACGGCUUAUUCAUCACUGUCAUCCCUCUACAGUGGCGAGUGCGCUGAAUAAUCAGUCCCAUGCUGCAUUGAUGUCCAGCCAUGCCUCCCUGAUGGCGGGAGCAGCAGGUGGGGGGCUGUUAGGGGGAGGGGGGGAAGUUACACUCGAUCAUGGGCGGAAACGGAGAAUAGGGCAGAUCAGCGGCGGGGUGAGCGCGGCUGGGUUGCUGCCGCGAGGAUGCAUCAGCAUGAACUGGAUAGGUGCACCUUGCAUGAGCGCCACGUCAGAUUGCAACGCCUUCGUCUCCUCACAGAUGCCGGCAAUCAUAGCACCACAGGGAAUUCACCACUCCCAUCAGAUUCUCUCACAGGCGUACUCUCCUACAGCUUCUGCUUCCAAAGUCUCCGAAUACCUCCUUGCAGCAGACCAUGGUCUUGUGAGUUGCGAGUUAAUGGGCCUGGGUAUAGAUACCCAUCAACGCCCACCGUCACUGCUUCAUGGGAAUGACCUGUUGCACCCUAUGGCAUCGCUCCAGACAGGACUUCAUCACCGUGAUGGAUCAGCAGGCAUGAAUUGGCUAAGCGUCACGCCGCCACAUUUCCUUGCAACACUUGGCAGUCAGCAUAUGAAUUUGAAAACGACAGCUGAUCAUCCGGCAAGCCGCAGUACAUUGUUUUCAAUCGAUGAUGAAGGGUUCCAUGGACACAGUGGCGGAGCCAGCAGUGCCAGUCUUGGGGGAGGAGCGGGGGGCUGCUCCAGUCUGCCCUGUUCAGUAUCUCAUCAUAUGGAUUUGCAAGGAACACGGAUUGGGGUCAGUGAAGCGCUCAAUCUUCCGUGCAAGAAGGAGCCAUUAGAGUUUGCAAUUGACAGCAUGGCCGCAGCUGCAGGUACUGGAAUCCGAGGACAUAGCAGCUCUCCUGGGCCUGGCCCCUUUGCAGGACUCUACCUGACAGAUGCAAACAACCACAUCAACCCAACCUUCAAUACCACAACCCUAACGUCGGCAGCCGUCAUCGACAUGGCAGCAGAUCAACUCGGGGCACGGCUGACAUCAUCAUCGACAGCCAUGUGCAGUGGUUCAAUGUGUACGGUGCCAUCCCAGACCCUCUCACAGGCAGGAAACCUCCAGCAGGAGGCCAACAACACCUCCCUUGUAUGUAUGGAAUGCCAGCCGGAGAUACCCAAGGAAGUAGUAGUAGCAGCAGCAGCAGCAGCAGCAGCAGCAGCAGCAGCAACAGCGGAAGCAGCAGCGGGAGGGGGUGGAGGGGGAGGAGGGGGAGGAGGAGGGUGCGCAUUGAUUAUGCCGUGCUCUGCUGAUGUCGAUUUGGAUAUCAAAAGCGAAGGUGAAGGCGCGAGCAACUCCCAGUCCGCAGCAAUGUCAGAAACAGGUAAUCAGCCUAUGUCUGCUUCGACUCCUCCUGGGCCUGCAUCAGCAUCAGAUGCAAGCAGCGACAAUGCGACAGAGAUUCAAUCUUCUCCCAAGGGUGGCGAAGAUCAGAAGGCUAUUCCCCCUGAUGGCACAGGAUACCAAACCGAGAGCAGCGCACCGGAGAAGGCACCAGAUACGCCGAGACCGCUACUUCUUCGUGGUGAUAUGGAUCCUACACUCCGCCCGGCAACAAUACAGGAGUCUUCCUCUGGCACUGUCAAUCCCGUGGUCGAGCCCGUGCCACAAGCUGACGUAGCCGAGAGCGAUCCUGCAAAUCGGAGUGACGACCUUACAGUCGUGUCGAAUGCUGUUGUCGAUGUGGAUGCAAUAUACACAGCUGGAGAAGGAGAGCAGGACAUCAUGAUGACGAAUGAUCCUUUUGAUCUGUUUACGACCAUGAACGAGUUCAAAUUCAGCUCUGCCGACCAAUAGGAGAAGCAACACGAAACUUCAAAUCACGGAUUCUUUUGGGAACAAUC